AUGCAGCAAAAUAUUAAAAUAGAAUUCAUAAAGUCGGUUAACUCUAUAAAGAAUAAAAUAAAACAAAUGAAGCACCAGGAACACUCGAUGAACUUGUCACUCGAUAAAGUGCUAAAACCUGUAACAGAUCCUCUUAAGACCUUAGUCGAUUCGAAUAUAACUUGGGAAAAAAUUAAAAAUGUUGAAAAUAAAACACUCGCUAAUUCUGAAGACAUCGAAUCUGAUGAUAUUAACACAAGCACAUCUACAAAUUUUGAAGAUUCUUACAAUCCAGAUCUGAAUUCUGCUCAAUUCAUUGACACUCCUAAAAAGAAGUUGACCGAUGAUUUAGAAAUGUCUUUAAAGGGUGAUGAUAUCUGCGGUAUUUAUGAAGAAAUCAACAUACCGUUCGGUAUUAGAAGUAAAAAGAAGAUUUUAUUGAUGGAGACCGUCAACUUCUAA